CACGCCUUCACAGCUCGAAACCACUGCUGAGCAGCUGUUGAUAGUGGUUUGAACUGCGCGAAAAGUGGGUUGGAAGGAUUCUUUUGAACAGUGCAUGGUGAGGUCGAGAUAGUCGUUGAUUCGCAAAGUGUUAAUGGAGAGCGAGAUUAAUUGAGCGUUUUAUGGUCAUUGUGAUCGCAGAUGUUCUGUUCACUGCUGAACAAUAUGGAAUGAUUUUCUGGUUAAUUAACGCUUUGAGGACCGGAUAUGGUUCAUCUGAAAAUGAAUAAAGAUUCGAAGUACUUAUCCUGUCAGAAAAGUGCAUGUAACUUUAAUCAAUUUGUUACAAAAAAUAGGAGAAAAGGAAUCAGUGUUUGUUGAUUAAAAAAGGCGGGCAAAAUUCUUUCUGAAUUAUGCGAUCAGAAACGGUCAGUCCAAGUUAUCUUCCUCUGGUCCCUGUUUCAUUAUUUAACUAUGAAGUGUCAUGGCAUCUCAACUGUGUUUUAGUCUCUCCGGAGCACUCUGACCUUAUAGGUUACAAUAUGUUUGCCACCAAACAGGGUAUGGUUUCCUGGAGUGCGCGGAAGCUUAGACCAACUAAAAGAUUUGUUUCUGUUUAUGUAUUUUGUUCGCUCUGGAAACGGUUUUCAUACCGUAUACUCUUUGAGUUACGAAUUGACAAAGGUGUUUCAAUUUCUGUUGCUUGUGCAAAUGAAGGGAUACCAUAAAAUUUGCAACGUCGAAAUACGUAUUAAAUCAAAACAGAUUCACAUAACGUUUGAUAAACUGCGUAAAACAGUCUGCACUUUCGCAAUCAUACGAAAUUUCAUAAUGUGAUAGUAUGAUCGUUCUUACAUGAAACAGUUAGACAUUGCCAGGUUACUAAGGGAUAGGUUUUCAAAAUGGUGGUCAACACGGAGAUUCUUCUUCAAGCUUGGAGGGAAAGAUGGUCUCCAUUACGGUGGCUAGUAGAAGUGAAAAAGCUGGCUGGGAAAGAUAACGAAGAACUUCAGGACUUGGCAGAAUGCCUUGUUCAACAAGCUACAUUUGGCAGUACACCAAGCACUUUGAUAUUAUCGUAUCUUAACCAUGGGAUUUCCACUAAGGUCAUUUCAUGUUCAUCAGCUUUGACAGCAGUUCAUCAGUUUCAGAAUAUUAUAAAACACAAGUGCUUAUCAGCUCUUCUUGAUCUCCUGCUUAGUUUCAUUCCAACCAUAAGUGGUCCAGAUAGUGAUGAGGAAUGUCUGAGGCUAGCAGUUUCUUUCAUCAAAAUUUUGUAUUGGCUUCUUAUUGUUUCUACAAGGUUACUCAAGUUAUGUAUAGAGUCUCUACGUCUGUCUGGAGGUAUCAAUCUCCCAUUUCACUCGGCUAAUAUUGGAAAAUGCCACAGAGCAUUUGGACAGCUCAUAGGUUCAUCAUCUUACAGAGCUAUGGUUAUUGUGGGAAAGAUGGAGGAUCAAGUCACAGCACUGGAAUUAGACAGACAGUUGCAGGCACAUCUGAAAGACCUUUUGAUGACCCAACCUGAUGGAGUAGUUCCUGAGGUACAGCUCUACAUCAAAGAACUCAUGGUUAAUUUUAGCAGAUUUCAGAGCUUGAAUUCUUCAUCAGGGAGUGGUGACAUCAGUCCGGGGCAUGUUCCUAACAUGCCUAUCCAGAUAAUUACUCAGUUCCAGGUCGUAGUGAGUCCUUUUUAUACUCCACAUCAAGUUGCUGAUGUGAUGGAAAGCACUAUGCAUACUCAGAAUGUUGCUAGGCAUCAGCUAUACUUGGAAUUUCUGAGAUCAGCCUUAGUUGGCCUGCUAGGAGCUCCUGAGAAAUCAAUGGAAAUGAUACUGUGGACAGGGUUUUUAUUCCUGAAGGUCCCCAUGGUGAUUCGCCUGUUGGAGUCUAGAUCUCAGCCUCCCAUUCAACUUCAGCCCAGUCCUGUGGAACACUCUGCUGCACAUACUGCCUUUCAACAACUGCUACAGUUUGCUCCCUUGCUGGAUGAUGCUGACAAGAAGUGCAGAUGUAACUGUUACAAAGAAUUAAUCCUGCAGUACUGCAAAGACCUCAAUCAACAGGUGGUUGAUAGGAUUGGACAGCUCAUCUCUCAAAGACUCUUGUCAGAUGAAGUACAACACUUGUUAAGUAUUCAAGCAUCUUAUAAUCAUCCAGCCCAGCAGGUCCAAGAUGAAGAAAGCAAAAUAAUGGAAAUAAUCAUGGCUUUGGAAUCUGAUCUUAGCAGCAGAGAUGAGAAAUUCCUUAACCCUCUGUUAAAUGUGGAGAAAUUUAGAUGGAUGACGGUUGCUGCAGCAAGUGUGGGAAAACUUCCAAACCUUAUAAACGGCCUUGUCAAAGUUACAGAACAAACUCUUCGCCCUGCUACAGAAAAAGAGGACGUUAAAAAAGGAAGCAUCAGAGGGGAGCUAUUUAACACGUCUUUUUUGUUAUUGUGUCAUAUUGGACAAGUGUAUGGCUCGAAGGUUAUAUCUGAAGUUGCUAAGAAUCGAUCACCGACUCCGUUUGUGGUUCAGUGGAUUUUACGUCACAUACCGGACAUUGACAAGUGGAGAUCGUUUAUACCUGAUACACAACACACACCCAAUCACGCAGCCGUCAACGAGUUGCUGAAUCAGUUCUUUAGCAAUUCAGCCUUCCCUGCAAGUCAAGCUAAUUGGGAUGAACAUUGUACGAAUGUAUCCAGUGCCUUGCAUCACGUGUUAAACGCGUCGCAGUGGGAAUCAAAAGCAGUACCUUCCGAUCAUCUACAGAAAUUGUGCGAACUCCUCAAGUACGAGGCACCCGCAUUGGCGGUUUGUGCUUGUUCGUGGAGCUGUGGACACAUUUACACCUUAACCGCGGAGGAAAGAAAGCAUCCUAUGCGGCUAGUUGGACUCCUUGUAAAGCCUGUGAAUCCAAGAGGAUUUUCCCAGGGAUUUGUGGACAGGUGCGCGAUGUUGUGUGAAGUUAUGAAGACGAUGUCAUCCAGUAUUGAGGGUAAAGACAACACGUGGGACAUUGACAAUCCGAUAUGUAAAGGCGAGCCUGUGUCAAAGACCCUUGCAUCAUUGUUCACAAGCGUUGUCAAAGCACGGCAGCUGAGCAGUAAGACACUUAAACGGUUCAGACAUAUGUUAAUCAUGGGAGGAAAUGAAUGGUUUAUUUACUGUAUAAUCCAGGAGGUGUUAAAGUGCAGCCGACAUCGAGACAUCCUAAUGGCAGCGGACUUGGCGAGUUGUCUUUUAACAUUUGACUCCGAGAACCUUGUACCUUGCUUUCUUGAAAAAGUUCUACCACUGGUUAUGAAUCACGUAGAAGCUGAAACAAUGUUAGAAGACCCAAAGGGUUGGGCCAUUGCUCGGCUCAUGGCACACGCUGUGUGUUUGGGAAUGACCAUAGAACAUACGCGGUCGAAAGGAGAUUUAACUGAUGGCGAAAUCACACGUCCGGCUAAAAUACAGAGGCUGGACAGUUUUCCCUCUCUCUACAAUUCCACGUCUUCAUCGCGCGUUCAACAGACUCUUGUUCACCUUUGUGAGGAUUUUAUUGCCACCAUUAAAACCACCGAGGUUGGACCGGUUCCAGCUCUGUUGGUGUCUUUCCUUCAACAAGCUGUCGCCAGUAUUGGAACCAUCGUUGGGCCACUAUCGGCUUGUCUUCCUGAAGAUUUGGUGAAGGAAAUAUUGGAGUUAUCACCCAGUCUGCAAAACACACCUGAUGUACUUUUGGGUUUGUGUAACAUGAAGACAACAGAAGGUCGACAGUUGUGUGCCAAGGCUUUGUGUAGUAGUAUUUGAAGAAAAAUUCGCCCAAGGGAUUGGAGAGAGUCCUGUGGCAUUGAUGGUGCUAAGGUUUGUUUGCGUAAUUGACUUAAACAGAAGUCAAGAGAAGCAGUGGAAAUUGUUGACGCGAAAGCUGUCAGCUGAUGCGCGUUCCCCCCGGAAACAGAAACUCUGCAUGGGAUACAACGAUUUCAAGGAAACAGAUCGAAAUUUUGAAGGCAAAAAACAACACAUACACAAAAACAACAACCACAACAAGACUGAGCAGCAAAAGUGAAAGUUUAUUUCAAAGAAGUAGAGUGUGGGAAGAGAGAAAUUGAAAACAACACCUCUAGGUACAAGGGUCGGAAGAGAGAGGACUGAAAACGAGACCUCAAACUACCAGGGUCGGAAGUGAUAGGACUGAAAACCAGGGCUGGGAAAGGUCUGACAAAUAGGCCAACUCUCAGUUACUCCAAAGUGUCCAUUUCAGAACGGGAUGAGAGGGGAGCCAUCGAUAUAAAAAUGAUUUCUUAUCUCAUACAAAUUAAACUCAUUUCGCAAAUUAGGUCGUGGUUAUUCAUCGUGUUAAAUAACACUUAAAAGGGAAAUGUAAUCAUUUGUCGCACGAUGUGAGACAUUUAACUUCUGUCGUGUUUUGGAUUUACUAUUUAUUCUAUCGUUUACGUUCAUUGCUCGCGUUGCAGAAAUCAGGAAAAAUGAGAACUAGAGAUUGUAAAUACAUAUAUACAUUUUUAAAUGAUAUCUUUGUACAAGAGAAGUAAAAUAUGAAGAUAA